GAUCUUUUCGUUGAACACCAGGUUUCUAAAAGUACCAUCCACUUUGCUUCUCUGUCAUUCAGCAAACAGGUUGAGAAGCACUACCGUGAUGGAACAAAGGAAAUCAUAUUUCCUGAUCAGACCAUUAAGUACCUGUACCCAAAUGGAGUGGAAGAAUGCGUGUUUAGUGACGGUACCAUACAAAAGGUUAACGUGGAAGGAGAGAGAACUAUUGAAUUCCCAAAUGGACAACGGGAAACUCACACCAAAUGCUAUAAAGUAAGUACAGACGCACCAUUUUGUACUUUCUGCCUUGUAUUGUUCGAGCUCUUACUGUGGCUUUCCUAGUUUCAUCCCGCGACGUGUCUCACUGCGGGACCCUGGGUGUCACAACUUGAUUAUGAUUCUGACGUCCCGAGGUCUUAAUUCAUUUUGAAAAGUAAACAAGAAACAAAUGUGUAAAAAAAGCUUGCGCUCUUCUGCACCUAAGGUAGAGCUUUUUACAAGGUGUCUCCUUUCCUCCAUGCCUGAGAUUUCCAAGGAAAACAGGUUAAGCUAGCUUGCGAGCAGAGGUUUCUCUCUUGCAUGGCUUUUAGCAUUUACGAAGUUGCUCGCGUGGCUUGUCUGUCGCGUGCUUAGUUUGUUUACGCCCCGUGAGUUUCUCUCUCCUUGCCAAAUACCGGCCCUUUAUUUUCCCAUGUCUCUCACUUACAGAUUAGCUCAUGUACACAAUACAGACUCGAGGUUAAGUGUAACACAGGCAUUGUGAAAUCCCGUCUUUGCUCAUUCACUUCAGCGCUUCGUGGGGUAAAAUGGUGUUUUGAAAAAAACUAUUGUAAAAAAGGUUAUUGGCUGUCAAGUGGCAACAAGGGAAAUAGAAACAGUUGGUGCGCCUGUACACAGGCUAUAUCUACCUGGGGAGUUGGGUGAAAGGUAUUACCAUGUUAAAAGUCAGGCGUAAAGUUGUUUGUUCAGACAUGCAUGUCCUAGAGUUAAAAAGUGUUGUUCUCUCUGCGUGACGUGUUUUUUGUCCAUAUUUAGAAAAGAGAGUACCCUGACGGGACAGUAAAGACAGUCUAUCCCGAUGGUCGAACAGACACCCGAUAUGCUACGGGACGUGUGCGGGUCAAGGAUCGGGAUGGUCGGGUCAUAGUGGACUCUUCGAACCUACUGAGAUGA